GCAUCGUGCCCAUUUGUCCAUAAAGCUCUGAUGCAUUUUUUUGUCUUUACCACUGUUGUUGAGAAGACAGGCUCUUUUGGUGAUGUCUUUCUCUUGGUUAUAUGAACAUGAGAAGUCUAUUUGGGCUUGCUGAUAAUCUUUUGCAAGAUCCUUGAGGAACUAUGAUUCUUUCUCUAUUGUUUCAUUCAAUUUGCUUGGAGUGCAAUGCUCCGAAUUUUGGGCUAAAUACUUCUGUAUAUUGAUCCUUCUGGCUCUGGAUUAGAUAGCAGUAUUAAUAAGUUUUGGGAUAGGGGAGGUUACCCAAUUCCAAAUUUAGUCAUGCAACAAACCUUAAGGAGGGUUACGGUGGUACUUAUAGAUGCCCUACCUAUGAAGGAGCACCAUAAGGAAUCAAACCCAAUGCCAUUUUGUUGAUGCUAUUUGAUCCUACUAGUUGAGCCAAUCUUUAGUGGUAGUCAUUACAAGUUUUCCUUACUCAAAGCAAGUUACAAGGCAUAAACACAGUCAUUUUCAGAGUUGAACAAGAUAAGAAAAACAGAGCAAGAUGAGAAGAAAACCCAAGAGAAGAAUAGAGCAAGAUUGGAGUAAAUGAAACCACCAAAAGUUUGUGCAGAAGCCACAAUCAUGGCCGGCUGCAGACCAGGUCACGCAUCGUCAGACUGGUUGUCACCAAUGUUGGCUAGGGUUUGAGUAAGAAAGAAAAGAAGGACGGAUGACUAGGUUUGUUGGACAGAUGACUAUUUAAAAGAGAUGGUGGGAAAAAUAUCCCUCUGGAACAGAGGGACAAAAAGAAAACAAAGUAAAAUGAAGCAAGCUGUUUAUGCUGUCAUCUGGUGUAUUUAGUUGGAGCAGAAUGCUCACUUAUUUAGGGGGUUUUGGUGGGAAUGACUCAACAGGGCAGAAAUCUUCUGCUUCUAAUGUGGAGUUUGCUCUAGUCACCUAUAAUACUCACGGAUGUUAUUCUGGUUUCCUUGUGCAACGGACUGGUUGGACAAGAGACCCAGAUGUUUUCUUCUCGUGGCUAUCAUCUAUACCCUUUAAUGGUGGUGGUUUUAAUGAUGCAGCAAUUGCUGAAGGGCUUGCUGAAGCUCUGAUGAUGUUCCCAAAUUCUCAAAAUGGAAGCCCUAAUCAGCAGAAUGUGGAUAUGCAUAAGCAUUGUAUCCUUGUUGCAGCAAGUAAUCCUUAUGCCUUGCAGACACCAGUUUAUGUUCCGCGACCACAGAACCUAGAGCAGAGUGAAACCAUUGACUCAGACGCAGGGAACCGUUUAUAUGAUGCUGAAGCUGUUGCUAAAGCAUUUCCUCAGUUUUCUAUUUCUAUGUCAGUCAUCUGCCCGAAGCAACUUCCCAAAAUUAAAGCCAUCUACAAUGCGGGAAAACGAAAUAGCAGAGCAGCUGAUCCACCAGUUGAGGCUAAAACCCCUUAUUUUCUUAUUUUAAUAUCAGAAGGUUUCAGGGAAGCCUGGGGUGCUUUGAGUCGUUCUGGGAUCACAAGCUUACCUUCAAAUCAAAGUCCUGUUAAAGUAGAUGCAGUUUCUGUCACACCAGUUACAGGGGCACCCCCAACUUCUAUGCCAUCAGUUAAUGGAUCUAUUGCAAACCGGCAAUCAAUUCCUGCUGGGAAUGUGGCUCCUGCUACUGUAAAAGUGGAGCAAGUUCCUGUAACUUCCAUGGUAGCUGCACCUGCUUUUCCUAAUAAUUCAUCUGUUCCUCGUGCUACUAGUACUAGUCAAGGAGUUCCAACCUUUCAGACAUCUUCUCCAUCUUCUAUUUCUCAAGAUAUUAUAACAAAUAAUGAAAAUGCUCAGGAUACAAAGCCUACAGUGUCAAUGUUGCAGCCCUUACGGCCAGUGAAUCCUGCCCAGGCCAAUGUGAACAUUUUGAACAAUCUCUCUCAAGCACGGCAGGUGUUAAGUGGUGGAACCUCAAUGGGACUACCAUCAAUGGGUCAGACUCCUGUUGCUAUGCACAUGUCAAACAUGAUAUCUAGUGGGAUGGCAUCUUCAGUGCCUGCAGCUCAGAAUGUAUUUUCAUCUGGACAGUCAGGAAUAACAUCAAUAACUAGUUCUGGACCGCUUACUGUUCCUACACAGGUUGGACCAAACUCAGGUCUUAGUUCAUUAACUUCAGCCACUUCUAAUUUGCCUUCAAGUUCAAACAUUGGCAUGUCACAACCAUUGGGUAAUCUUCAAGGGGCUGUUAGCAUGGGACAACAGGUACCUGGUAUGAGCCAAGGAAACCUUUCAGGGCCCCAAAUGGUGCAAGGUGGAGUUAAUAUGAACCAAAAUGUAAUUAAUGGCCUUGGUCCAUCAGUUGUCUCUUCUGGAACUGGCACAAUGAUUCCGACUCCUGGAAUGUCUCAACAAGUACAAUCAGGCAUGCAGCCACACAGUGCCGCACCCAAUAUGCCAUUGUCUCAACAAGCAUCAGGGGGUAUGCAAUCUGCACAAUCCAAAUAUGUGAAGGUCUGGGAGGGAAGCUUGUCUGGCCAAAGACAAGGACAGCCGGUAUUUAUCACCAAACUUGAAGGUUACAGGAGUUCUUCUGCCUCUGAGAAUCUUGCAGCAAACUGGCCCCCUGUGAUGCAAAUAGUUCGGCUUAUAUCUCAGGACCACAUGAAUAACAAACAAUAUGUAGGAAAGGCAGAUUUCCUAGUUUUUCGGGCAAUGAACCCACAUGGAUUUCUUGGGCAGCUACAAGAAAAGAAGUUGUGUGCAGUUAUUCAAUUACCAUCACAGACGUUGCUACUCUCUGUUUCUGACAAAGCAUGCCGCUUGAUUGGGAUGCUUUUUCCUGGGGACAUGGUUGUAUUUAAGCCACAACUGUCCAGUCAGCAGCAGCAACAAAUGCAACAGCACCAGCAGCUGCAAUCACAACAGCAGCAUCUUCCACAGUUGCAACAGCAGCAGCAGCAGCUUCCUCACAUGCAGCAACAGCAACUUUCUCAGCUGCAACAACAGCAGCAACAGCUUCCUCAGUUGCAACAGCAGCAGCAGCAGCUACAACAGCAGCAACAGCUUCCUCAGGUCCAACAACAACAGCUUUCCCAGCUACAACAGCAGCUUCCGCAAAUCCAGCAGCAGCAGCAACUACCUCAACUUCAACAACAACAACUCUCUCAACUACAGCCACAGCAGCAGCUUCCACAAUUACAGCAACUGCAGCAUCAGCAACUUCCCCAGCAACAACAGAUGGUUGGGGCAGGAAUGGGUCAAGCCUAUGUUCAAGGUCCUGGACGGUCACAGUUGGUUUCUCAGGGACAAGUUUCAUCACAAGGAGCAACAAACAUUGGUGGAGGGGGCUUCAUGAGUUAGCUCAAAUUUUCAUAUGGUUCCCCCCACAACUGACCCUAUAAUGCUGUUGCAUCACUGUGAACAUGAAACUUAUAUGUUAGUAGAUUUCUGGCAUCCAGUCACAGGUAUUUAGCUCGUACUUUGUGGCUCUCCCUGAGAGGUUCAAAUCACAGAUUAAAGGUAGUUUGUCCAUUUGAUUUCUUUAGUAAUUGAGCCAUUAAAAACCGAAGCUAAAAUUUAUAUUGAGAACAUGCUAGAAAGUAUUGGGUGUAUGGUAGGUACAAAGCCAUAUUAAAAAUCGUGUUUGUAAGACCCUGAUUAACAAUAAUCUUAGUUGCAUAACUUUCACAAACCAAGCUCAAAUUAUUGCCUCGUGAGUAUGAUGGACGGAGAGAUCUAGUGGAACCACGUGCUUUGAUGUAGCACAAUCUAUGAGGAUGAAAUGCAUUGGAUGAUAAAUGCCUUUAAUUGAAACAUUUUCAUUAACGUUG